AUGAAACCUGAGAGGAAGAACAUCCACAAUUACAAGUUUGUGGACCUUCAGUUGGCUGUCUUGAGAGGACUUGGGGCAUAUUUAGAUCUGGGACACAAUGAUGAUUUCAAGGAGGCUUAUGGAAACCUUUUGGGCAUUCUGAACACCGAAGUCAACAUCACUGUUGUGCACACUCUGGUGCAAUUCUACGAUCCCCCACUGAGAUGCUUUACUUUCCAAGAUUACCAGUUGACGCCUACAUUUGAAGAGGAUUCACAUAUUCUGGGUAUUAGGGUCAAGAACCAAUUGCCCUACAUUCGCACUAAGGAAGUUCCUAAAUAUCAAUACAUUGUUGAAGCUCUACACAUGAGAAAGAAGGAAGUAGAACUGAACUUGAAACCUAAGGGUGGAAGUCAUGGCUUCACCUCCAAGUUUCUAUUGGAUAAAGUUAUUGCCUUCGUCGAAGCUAGGAGUUGGACGACCUUCAACGCCAAUCUAGCUCUACUUAUCUAUGGGAUCGUAUUGUUUCCAAAUAUGGAGGAAUUCGUAGACCUGACUGCUAUUCAUAUCUUCCUGACUCAGAAUCCUAUUCCUACUCUUCUUGCUGAUACUUACUACUCCACCCAUGUAAGGACUCAGAAGAAGAAAGAGACUAUUGUUUGUUGUACCCCUUUGCUGUAUAGAUGGUUUAUUUCGCAUCUACCCAGCAAAGGCCAUUUUGUUGAGAACAAAGACAACUUGAAGUGGUCCCAGCGGAUCAUGUCCUUAAAUGCUGAAGACAUUUCUUAG